AUGACCCUCAGUGAUAAGCAAAAAAAGGCAGUUGAUAUAAUUAUGACACACUAUCAGAGGAGUCAAAAUAAAGUGCCAUUGUUCAUGAUAAUUCAGGGAACAACAGGUACAGGAAAGUCAUAUUUAAUUGGUGCCAUCAGUCAAGCUCUUGAAAAUGCUACAAUGCCAUCUCAUUCUCCCCUUCUAUUACUCGCACCAACAGGAGUUGCAGCGUUCAAUAUAGGGGCCUCUACAGUUCAUUCCAAAUUGAGAAUCCCAAUACGAGAUUUCACUCAACUACAGGGAACAAGACUUGCCAUUUUUCAAGAAGAAAUGGCGCAUAUCAAGUACAUUUUGAUUGAUGAAAUGAGCUUCAUUGGUCAAAAAAACAUAGAUUCUCGACUCCGACAAGCAUACCCACAAAGUGCACACCUAAGUUUUGCAGGUAUAUCUAUGAUUUUGGUAGGAGAUUUGGGUCAAUUGCCUCCGGUUAAUGAUAGACCUGCAUAUGCCAGUAAUAGAUGGGCAAAGCUACUAUGGGAGGAAUUCAAAAUUGUGGUUACUUUAGAUAAAAUAUUCAGACAAGAUGGAGAAAAUAUUCAGCAACAAAGAUUUCGUCAACUUUUGACAAAUCUAAGAGAUGCAAACCCUCAAAUUGAUGAUUGGAAGCUACUAAUGAUGAGAACCCCUACUAACAUAGAUGUUGCAAGUAAUUUUGAAUUUGAAAAUACUGUCCAUUUGUUCUCCACAAAUGACAAUGUUCAUAGUCCUAAUAAAAAAAUGUUAUAUUCAUUGAGGCAUCCCGUUGCACGAAGUGUUGCAACAAAAGCAAGAAGUGUUAAUAUAGCAGAAGAUUUCUCAACUCGUGAACUUGAUCUAGAGUUAUUGAUCAGUAAGAAUUCAAGGGUCAUGCUAACUUCAAACCUUUGGAUACAAGCAGGUCUUGUAAAUGGAGCUUUGGGAUAUGUUCAAAAGAUUGUCUACAAGCCAGGAAGUGCUCCACCUGACCCACCGACAUAUGUGAUGGUUGAAUUUGAUAAUUACUCAGGAUUACCAUUUGAAGAUCAUCAUCCAAAUACAAUUCCAAUAACACCAAUACAAAAGGGCAGAACACUUCAGCUACCAUUGAGAUUGGCAUGGGCAUUGACUAUACAUAAAUCUCAAGGAUUGACUCUUCCAAAAGUAACUAUCGAUAUAGGACCAAGAGAAAGAAUUGGAUUGACAUUUGUUGCAGUAUCUCGUGUAAAAUCUCUAGAGGGUUUGAGAAUAAUGCCACCAUUUACAUAUGAUCGUUAUGAGAAAAUGAAAAAGGGUAGACAACUUGCGAAGCGCAAGGCUGAGGAAAAUAGGCUCAAACUUUUGGAAGAUAAUUGA